CGCAGCAGGCAAUGGCAUUUCUAAUGACUUUCUUACUAUAAAUUAACUUCAAACAAAAUAUGAAAUUUUUCUCCUAUUCCUGAAUUUAUUUUGGACACCAAAUACGGGUGAUAGACGGGGACCUAUGCAGCUAACCUCAGAAAGAAAGUUGAGAGGUAACACUCAAAUGUCGCGGGCUUUUUCAUUCCAUAACCUCCAAAUAUUUCCAUAUGCUGUUCGAAACUCGAAACGUGAAGCGCAUGGUAUUCUUCGACAUUUAGUGUAAAUAGUUUCUAAACAUCUCGUAUCUCAUUGCAAAUUAGCAUCAGAAAUGCCGCGAAUGGUGGACUCCACGAGGAAGAGAAAUGGAAACAGUGAAUCACAUAACACUAGUGAUAGCGAUAAAAAUCAUGCGAACCGGUGCGAAAUGAUCGUGGCAACGGAGGAUUUGGUUCCAGGGGAUGACAAUUAUGUUCUCGCACUUUGUGGCACUCAGCACGAACCGGAGUUCAGACUCUGCGCGGCAAUGUCAGACUAUUCGUGCAUUGUUUACAAUGUGAAUGAAGGAUUGAGUAAGUUGAUGUCGUUGGAGCACAAUACAUCACCCAUUGUUGGGAUCAAGUUCAGCCCCAGUUCUAAGAAUAUUCUUUUCGCUGCCACGAGGGAUGGGGAGAUAACUGCUUGCGAUCUGAGGGCGAAGGGCAAAGUUGUGGCUGAGAUGAGAGAUGGAUCAGUUGACAGUAAACUCAAGCCCCUAGCAAGCUUCGACAUAAGCUCCGAUGAUAAAUUGAUAGCAGCUGGUACUGAGCACAUCGGUGGUGAUGCAUUUAUCCUUUUUUGGGAUAUCAGGUACAGCAGUCCCAACAACUCGCGAUCGGACAGCAGGAAAAACGACCUCCUCGGUGGCUACUGGGAGUCCCACAUGGAUGACGUGACAUCUUUGGCAUUUCACUCAAGCAAGAUUGAUGUCCUAGCUUCUGGUAGCACUGAUGGACUGAUCAAUGUCUUCGAUCUCAGUCAGUCUUCAGAGGAUUCUGCGCUCAAUUAUUCACUCAAUACUGAGUCGUCAGUGGAUAGAAUAGGAUGGCUAGAAAACGACCACCUCUGGUGCACGACUCACACUCAUUGUCUCCAGCUCUGGGAUUGCGAGGACGCAACGCCCUAUGGAAAAUACGAUCGAUCUACCAUAGCAGCGAAUUUUAUGCAUGAAGAUCAGGAUAGCUGUUAUGUCGUGAGGGUGCACAAGAGUAGCAGCUCUGGAGACCCCUUCCUACUCGCAGGAGGUUCCACCAUCAAAGGGGAGCAUUUGCAUGGAUUGACCAUCAAUUCUGAAGGGAUGAAAUGGUGCACUGAUUUCAUUGGGAAUAAGCAACUGGUGAGAGACAGCUGGUAUCAUGCUAAGAGUGGCUGCUUGAUAACUGGAGGCGAGGGUGGCGUCAUAAAUCUAUGGAAGCAGAAUGAAAAGACUUUAAUCCAGCAAAACAGUGAACCCAAACCCCUUGCGAAAAGCAAUGGCAAGUCCAGUGGUCGAGACAAGCAUCGAACGAAACCAUAUUAAAUCGAAAAUAAUUAAAAAUUGUUCAACCGUCGUCUUUUGUCGAACAUUAAGAAAUGUACAAUAUUUCCUAUUUUUCUAAUUAAAUUUGUAAUGAAUAAAUCAUGAUUGAAGAUGAAACCAAUUAUAAGGUGAUGAAAAACUCA